AUGCCUCGAUUCUGUUCAGGCAGUUCUCGCCAUGGAAUUGGCUCGCGACUUGAUUCCCGUACAUCCCGCAUUCCUGGCCGGGUCGAACGCCGAGUCGCACCUGGUCUAUCUGCCUGUCAUUCUGUCUCAGUUGAAGCUCCACCCCCCCGAAUUCUCAGCAGGGGUACUGCACUACCCCGCGAGCCAGAGAAAGGUCCAGAAGAUGCAAAUGUCAACAAGACCUCGUCUAUAUCCCCAUCGGACUCAAAAUUUGCUGUUGAUGUCCCCUCUGUCACUGAUGCUGACAUUUCCCGCUGCAUUGCUGACGUUAAACCUAUUUUAGGUGACCCUAACCUUCAGUCUCCUUCAUCUACAGCUAGUCCGACAUCAAAAACUACCUUAUGUGAUGUUCAUGCUUCAAUCGCCUAUUCCAAGACUGCUGAUUGUGUCACAUCUACCAGUUGUGAUGACCCUCACUCUACUUCAGGGCAAGGUUCUAGCGCGGAGGUAACCUUAUCUCCGUCCAGUGACAUGGCACUGGCACAUCUCCAUCUUCUGCAGCAUUGUCUUGUCCAUUUGGGUGAUGUCGCUAGGUAA